UCCAAAAUGAUCAACACAGAGGGAAAGAGGAGGGGCACCCACUACAUGUUCUCUAGGCCUUUUAGAAAACAUGAAGUUGCUCCUUUGGCCACAUGCAUGCGAAUCUACAAGAAAGGUGAUAUUGUAGAUAUCAAGGGAAUGGGCACUGUUCAAAAAGGAACGCCCCACAAAUGUUACCACGGCAAAACUGGGAGAGUCUACAAUGUUACCCAGCAUGCUGUUGGCAUCACUGUAAACAAACAAGUUAAGGGCAAGAUUCUUGCCGAGAUAAUUAAUGUGCGUAUCGAUCAUAUUAAGCACUGUAAGAGCCGAGACAGAUUCCUGAAACGGGUGAAGGAAAAUGAUCAAAAAAAGAAGGAAGAAGCCAAAGAGAAAGGUACUUGGGUUCAGCUGAAGCACCAGCCUGCUCCACCCAGAGAAGCACACUUCGUGAGAACCAAUGAAAAGGAGCCUGAACUGUUGGAGCCCAUUCCCUAUGAAUUCAUGGCAUGAUGGGUGUAAAGAAAAUAAAAGACCUGGACUGUGAAAAAAAACCCAAAAAACCCAGCCUAGACAAUUAUCAACUCAUGUUCAAUCCUGUGAGAACCAUGGAUUUUGGAGCCAGAAGACAGAUCCAGAGUAUGAACUUUACAGUACAAAACAAAUAGGAUUAAUCUUACUGAGGCUGCAGGAUCCAAGUUUCUGCACAAAUGCCCUAGACUAGAGCCUAGAG